AUGCCGGCGAAAUUUUCUAAGAAGUUGAGCGCAUCAUGCGACUCGGUUGGUGAAGUCGACUUGGAUGAGCCCAGUGAAUCGACCCCGCUUCCCAAGGAGAAGAAAGGGGCAAAGAACGCAACUCCAGCAAAGCGUCCGGCGGAGAAGCGUGUGAAAAAGGAUGUCAACGAGGAAGCUGCCUCUGACAAGAAGCCGAAGCGCGCCAAGAAGGCAAAGGAAGGUCCUUACACUAGCUUUAAGGAGCAGGGCUCCAUUCCUGAGCCACAAAUGCAGAGACGAGUCGAGGAUCUGCCGGAGGGCAAGUGUGCUUUGAAUGUACUGUCUUGGAACGUUGGUAGCUUGAGGGCCUUCCUGAAAUCGCGCAUCGCGGACCUGCAGGAAGCUGUGAAGCAAGGAGCCCCGCACGUGCUCGGAAUCAUUGAGCACAAGCUGCAAGACGGCACUGCUGAUACAGAGAAUGCUUUGGAGGAGCUCUCCAAGGCACUUCCAGACUACCGCGUCGCUUGUGUGAACUACUCGAAGGUCAAGAAGGGCUACUCCGGUACGCUGGUCAUGCUCCACAAGGACGCACCCGAGCCGAUCAGCCUGGCUGCCGAGGAUCUGCCGGCUGCUGCUGACGAGGGCCGGUUGGUGGUCUGCGAAUUCUCCUCCGUGUUCGUGGUGCUGUGCUAUGUUCCGAACUCUGGCGAUGGGCUCAAGCGCUUGAGCGAUCGCGUGGAGAAGUGGGAUCCGCAGCUGCGGGAUCGAUUGCACGCACUUCUGAAGAAGAAGAGUGUCGUCCUCAUGGGCGACUUGAAUGUGGCCCAUCAGGACAAGGAUAUCUGGAACGCCGAGGCGCCUCACGUUCCGAAGAGCGCCGGCUUGACUGCCGAGGAGCGGGAAUCCUUCUCCAAGCUACUGGAGAGUGGCUUCAAGGACGGCUUUGCGGUACACCAUCCCGAGGCAUUCGGCGCCUUCACUUACUGGAGUGUGCGAGCCGGCAACCGGAAAACAAACCGAGGCCUCCGGCUGGACUAUGUCCUGGUGUCUGAAGAGAUGACGUCCGGAAGCGAGAGUAAGGAUGGACCUGCACUUUGGGAUGCUUUCCACCUACCAGCGGUGGCAACAGGGGAUCACUGCCCAGUCGGUGCCGUCAUUGCCGUGUGA